AUGCAUUUCCCAUGGAAGAAAAGAAAAGUAACUCGUAUCUCACGGCUGGUUGCCGGCCUCCUCCUUUCCCCCAAACGCGGCGGAUCCCUUGUGGUGGAGACUGGGUUUCCGACCUCCCUCGUUGAUCUUUUCGUCAAGAACCGUGAUCGCUUCCGGAAAUCCUCUAAAACGAAAUCCAGUUCGAUUUCCACCCAUCCACUCCCUCUGUCUCCCCCGUCUCCCUGCAAUGAAACCCUACAAUCUCCUGACAUGGAUGUUGGUGAAACAGUAUCUAUUACCAGAGAAGAAAACGAUGAUGAGAGGAUUCCCUUCCAUGUGGUGCUUAAAGUUUCUUUAAUGGUGGCUCUCGCUGUUAGUACCAGAAGCCUUGCGAUUUGGAUCAUGCUGGCUGCACUCUUACUUGUGAUAAUUGAGUUUUCUAAGACCCUUUUCUUCUAUCCUACGAUUCGAAUGGGUUUGAAAUCAAGAACAGAUGAAUUGGUUGCUAAACAACGAGGAACUGAGUUGCCUGAUCCUUGUGAGUUGGUAGUUGAGUUGAAAAAGGAAACGGAAGCCAUAACAUGUAAGAGUGAGCGUAGUCGGAGUUCAAGAAUCAAAACCAGUUUAAUCAAGAAAUUUAUUCCUAAGAAGUUUUGCCAUGGAAAGAGGAAGAAGCAAGGGAAGAGUAACAACAAGGGUAAAGAACCAAGUAGUCAAUUGGAAAAGGAAAAGCAAGAGCAAGAACAUGGUGUUCAUGAUGAAGAAGAUGAAUCAGGAACAGAGAAUGUUAGAAAGGGGAAUUCAGGGUAUGCGAUGAUUCUGCUUGUGAUUAUUCUUGCUGGACUCAUAGGAGGGAGGGGCGUUACACUUUUCCUAACUCUUCUUUUGAGGUGGUUGAGUGUGGAGAUUUAG